AUGAAAGAAAUUGAAGAAUUGUCAAAGAAAUAUAUUGAGGAUUUAAAGUAUGUUAUAGAAACAAAUAUAAUAAAUCAAGAUUAUGAUGAAGAUGACGAAGAGGAUGAUGAAAGUAAUGAUUUCGAUCCAUUAGAAUACAAAUUCAAAUCAUUAAAAACACCUAAAGAAAAGUUUAUUGAAUUAUUACAAAAAGUAACAAAGAGUUGUGUAGCAUUAUCAAAAUCAAUUCAAAAUAAAGAAAGAUCAAAUAUGAUUUAUGCAACUAGAGACAUGGCAACUUAUUUUGGUCAAAUUAAUGAUGAAGCAACUCAAAUUUCAAGACAACUCCCAGAAGGAAAAGCAAAAGAAAAAUUAUUAGAAUCAACUAGUAGAUGUAAAACCUCAUCAGUUCAAUUAAAAAUCAAUAUUUCAGUUAAAGCAUCAAGUGAAGAAGGUGAUGAUGUUACUGAUUUAAAUAAAAAAAUCGUUGGACUAUAUGAAUUGAUUCAACAAUGUUUCAAUGCAAUCACUCACUCUGACAGAGUUUUCAAUGAUAUGGAUUUUAAUAAUAGUGGUGUAGUUUGGAAUUAA